GUCAGUAAAAAGAACUGUCAAAGUCAAAUUGACAGAAUAGAAUGUUGACAAAAUCCGUUUUUGAGACAAACAAGGCACGCGGCAAAAGUAAAUGAAUUUGGUAAAUAAUAUCAGUGAAUUUCUGCUCUUUAACCAAAAUCAGUGGUAUAAAUCGGAAAUACCUACUUACAUUUUUUGGAGCAACAAGCCUAGACAUGGCCGACGAAUGGAUUGAGUAUGUUAACGACACGCGAACAAUAUGUAAAUACGGAGUAAAGUGUUAUCAAAAGAAUCCGGAUCACCACAAACAGUUUAAGCACCCACCUAAAAACUUACGAAAAGAUGUUAACCGGGACGGCCGGAAUAAGAGACGAUACUCUCCAUACACCAGAGAGUCUCCGCGUCAGUCACCAAAACCUCAAAGCAGGGAUGAUUCACCUAGCACUAGUAAAGAAAAACCGGUAAAUGAUGAUAGCGAUCAAAAAGCAAGUGAUAGGAACGAUAACAAAGCAGAAGAGCCCAAACUUGGUGACCAAACUCUUGAAGAAAGCUUUAACGUUAAUCUGCCUGAAGAUAUAACAUAUUAUGAUAAAAGCACAGACAACAGUCUCCUAAAAGAACUGUUCCUAGUAGAGAUGCCUGAAGACUUCUUUAAAUUUUUUGAAUGUAUAAGUGAAGGUGGAAAAUCAUUUGAAGAAACAUUGGCCAGCGUGAACUUGAUGCCAAUUGGUCCAUAUGAGCUGCUAAUGGGAAAACUGCCAAAGUUAAAUAACAAGGAAUUGUAUCUAAUUCACUGGAGGUUCUUUUUUGAUCCUGCUGAAUUCCAGGCAGUUCUGAAGAAGAAAAAGAACAGUGCAUACCACAUAGGAUACUUUCGAGAUGAUCCUGAGGAGAAACCUGUGUUUGUAGCCAGUAAUGACUGUGACAAAGAUUAUCACAUCACACCCAUGGCUUACAAUAUCUUUGGAGCGGUUUAUGAGUACUUACAAAAUGAGAAAAAGCAUUCACCCUUUACUGCAAUGUCUUGUCAGAAGUUAAUGGAUAAAAUAAAACAAUAUGCUGAGGAGAACAAAAUCAGUUUGGAGGAAUUUAAUAUGAAGAAAAGAUUGUCCCAAACAGUUACUAGGUCCUUCCACGGUGCAGGCAUUGUGGUACCAUACAAUAAGAAGACUCAAGUGGGGUACAGACGACUGGUGGAAACUGAUGCAAACUUGAGGAAACUAUUCUCCAGUCUAGCAAAAGCAACAGACCAAAAAGAAAAAGAAAAAUUGCUAUCAGAUCUACAACCAGUAAUAACAUACGCAAGCAUAGCUCUAGAUGAGUCUGAUUUUGGUACAGGCUUGGAAGUAGGCAUAGCUCUCUUCUGUUCUGGGCUGAAGGAAUUGGAACCAAGUGCAUUGAGUAGCUUUACAUCUGCCUACUUUGUGUUAAAUAGGAAACCAUUUGGAGAUAUAAUUCAGGCACACCUGAAGUAUCGUCGCAAAGGUCCAAAUGUUUCAAUGCUACAUCUAAAAUAGUUGAAAAUAUGAAUUCCUGUUGGUUGGUAUUGGCUAUGUAUUGUUCCACACAUAAUGAAGAAAAAGGAAGUUUUAUCACUGUAUGUAUUAUAUCGGGUGUGUCGUUCACAAUCACAUUAAAUGAAAUGCGUUAAUAUACUGGUUAAUAUAUGUCGAUUAACACAAAGAAAAAAGAAAAAUACGUAAAAAUAAAAAAUGAAUUUUUCA